CGAUUAACCUCACUUUUUCUCACGUGUUGACAGUUGCUUGUGUUUUGCUUGAAAAGAAAACGUGAAAUGGCCAAAUUAAAAAGUAAUUUGGCUUUGAAGAAAAGUAAAAAGGGUAAAGUUAACGGUUUUAAGGCUGGGAAAGCGAAGAAGUUGCAAAUCAAGCCGAAAAAAUCGCACAUUAAGCCAAAGAAGGAACAAAAGUUCAAUAGUAAAAAUGUUGAUGAUUUUAUGAAGCAAAAUAUGAGUGAUGAGGAGUUAUCCGAUGAGGAAUUCGGUGAUGAUGUUGAUGCACCAUCAGAAAAAAGUGAUGAUUUAAAUGAAGAAAAUGGUGAAAACAGUGAAUCUGAUAUUGAUAUGGACGAUGAAAUAAACAAAGACGAUUCAGAAAACGAGGAGGAAGUGGAUAUGGAUAGCGCGGAUGAAGCAGAACAGCACAAAAAAUCCUUAGCGAAGCUUCAAGAAACAGAUCCUGAGUUUUAUGGGUUUUUACAGGAAAAUGAUAAAAAAUUAUUGAACUUCAACCUCUCUGAUGAAGAAGGGGAUGAUGAUAGCGAAGCUAGAGAUGUUAAAAGGGAAAAAUUACAUAAACCAAGUAAAGAUUUGGAAGUAGCCAGUGAUGAGAGUGAUUAUGAGGGAGAUGAAGAUACAGUUAAGGACAACAGAGUUAUAACCUUGAAACUAAUAAAGCAAUGGCAAAACGACAUACAAACAGACAAAUCAAAAAACACUAUACUAAACGUAACACAAGCUUUUCACGCGUGUUUAAAACGCGUUUCCGCUGAUGAUGACCAAGAUGAAGAACCGGCUCUGUUUAAAGUUGAAGGUUCAUCUGUGUUUAAUGGUGUUAUACAGCUUUGUGUGUUGGAAUUGGGGCCUGCCAUGAGAAGAUUUUUAGGAAUAAGCCAAAGUAGAAUGCCCCCACACAAGUGUAAGAAAUUUCCAAAGAUUAAAAAGAUUUUAAAGGGUUAUUUCACUGAUUUACUCAAGUUACUUCUGGGUGUUACAUCCUCAAAUAUACAGAAUGUUCUACUAAAACACUUGCACUAUCUAUCACCGAUGUUAAUUUCUUACCCAAACAUAACAAAACCAUUAUUAAAACGUUUAAUCCAUUUGUGGGGUACAGCUGAUGACUCGGUGCGCGUCAUAUCAUUCUUUUGUAUUUUGAGAAUCACAAACAACAACCAACAAGGUUUACUGGACACAACCUUAAAAUCAAUGUACGUAACGUACGUAAAAAACUCGAAAUUCAUGAGCAUGGGAACUUUAGCGCCCAUAAACUUUAUGCGACGGUCAUUGGUGGAAAUGUUCGCCCUCGACGCCAACAUGGCCUACCAACACGUGUUUUUGUACAUUAGGCAACUCGCCAUACAUCUGCGCAACGCGAUCACCGUAAACAAAACGGAAAACAUUCAAUCGGUGUAUAACUGGCAGUUUAUAAACUCGCUUCGACUCUGGGGCAGUUUACUGUCAGUAAACUACCACAAACCGCAGUUCCAACAGUUAGUUUACCCCCUGGUGCAAGUUUCACUGGGCACGAUCAAGUUGGUACCCACUGCGCAAUAUUAUCCGCUCAGAUUCCAUGUAAUACAAGUGUUGAUUGAUAUUUCGAAGACCACGGGGGUUUAUGUACCGAUUUUACCGUUCAUUUUGGAGGUUCUCACAGGUUACGAUUUCAACAAAAAACAUCAAAAAGUGUCCAUGAAACCCAUACAUUAUACGUGUAUACUAAGAUUGUCAAAAUCUCAAAUGCAAGAGAAUGGUUUUAAGGAUACGACUAUAGAAACAAUUUAUAGCCAAAUGUUGGAGUAUUUAACCAACCAGUCCCAUAGCAUAGCCUUCACAGAUCUUAGUUUAUUGUGCACGAUACAGAUAAAAACGUUUUUGAAAAAAUGCAAACAAGCCAACUACAUUCGUAAAUUCAAACAACUGCUGGAAAAAAUCGAGCAAAACAACACGUUCAUAGAAAACGAACGCAAAAAGGAAAACUUCUUGCUAACCGACUUCAAAAAAAUUGAAGGUUGGGAGUCGAGGAUAAGAACCUCGGGGACCCCCUUGCAAACUUACUACGACAGCUGGAGUAAAGUAAGCAAAAUCAAGAAAAAUAAACAGCUGACGAACGCCGACGAACUGGGCGACUACAAGUUGCCAACCUUGAACAAAAAAUCCAAGAAAAAUGACGACGGAAAAGAAUCGAAGGACAGCCCCGUGGUUUUGUUCCCAAGCGAUUCAGAGGACGAAGGUGAGUUCGAAAAAAGCGGGAAGAAUAAAAAACGUGGGAAAAGAGGUAAAAGCCAGAAAAAACGUGUGGAGGAUUCUGGCCCAGUACAAGAUGAUGGCGAAAAGGAUAUUGUGCAAGAUAUUGAUUUAAAUGAUUGGUAAAUGUUGUAAAUAUGUUGAUUUUUUAAUAAAAACCUCG